AUGCCCUCGAUCCCUCUUCAUCCUCGCGCGUCUUCCGCGGUCGACUCGCCUUCUUCCCCCGCCAAUCCCCUCCCCCAACUGCUUCAGACGCCCUCCGGUCUCGCAAUCCUCGAGCUACAGGGCACGAUCAACGUGCCGUCUCAAGACGGUCAAGAAGACGAGUCUGAUCCGGCUGGAACAGCCAGCGAUCCUAGCGACCCCAACACCCCCGCGUUCGAAACCCCGAUCGGCAAGCUCAUGUUCCCGGAUUACUCGCCCCAGACUACGAGCCCAGAUGAUACCAAGUGGAUGAAACGGGUGUAUCUAUAUGUGGGCAGAUAUCAGCGGAUGACGGGGGAGGUGAAGAAGCUGCCUCAGCCGCUUGCUGUGGUUCAGAAGCGACCGAAUACGGAUAGUGAAGAGUUGGAAAUCGUUGAGAUCGUGAAGUUUAAAUUGCUUUUCAAGAACCGACCGGAGCCUGUCAAUGAUAAUCAAGCUGCCGGUCGCAAAUCCUUAUGGCAUUUCUCAAUCAAGCCGUUCAUCAUGGCGGUCACUCCUGUUUUCGAUGAGAGUCUUUUCCUCUCCACCCUAGGCCCAGAAUACAUGGGUUUUGACCAUAUCGCCUGGUACGUUGGGGAUGCCAAACAGGCAGCAUCCUUUUACGUUACCCGGAUGGGGUUCAAGCACAUCGCCUAUCGUGGCCCCGAAACUAGGUCCCGUUCCAUAGUAUCAUACGUGGUCUCCGAUGGCGAUGCGGUCUUUGUCCUCACCUCUCCGAAAUGCGCCCCAGUUUUGAAUGUGAUGAUCCUGAUAAGCGUAGGUAUAACCGACCUGCAAAAGAAAUACCCGAACGUCGCGGAAUUCGGCCGUCCCAGCGAUUCCGUCAUCGCCCAAACAGGACAGCCGAGGCCAACCGUUCCGAAGCCUGGACAAGUCUCGAAGGAACAGACGGAGUUGCUCACUCGUCUGCCUUGUCUGUCUGCUGAGACUUGCUUUCUCUCUCCCGGAGUUAUUGAAUUCAUCGCAACCGCAAGCGCAACCCAAAAGAAAAUGGCCCCCAUCGAGCGCAUCACCCUCUUCAAAAUCCCCAACGAAGAAGACCGCCUCCGCGUCCUAGAACAGUACAAGGUUCUCGCAAAGACCGCCGUCAAGGACGGAAAACCAUACAUCACCAACGUCGCCGUGGGUCAAUCGUUCCCGGACCCUCGGAAUAAGGGCUUCAAUGUCUCUGUGAAGACGACGUUCGCGUCGCUGGAGGAUAUGCAGUAUUAUGAUAGCGAGUGUGAGGCGCAUAAAGCGUUAAGGGCGGUCGCGGGUCCGGUGAAGGAGGAUAUUCUGUCGACGUACUUUGAGAGUGUGAUUUGA